CUAUUGGUAAGGUGGGGAAAAAAAAUAAUUAGACAUUUUCCCAUCUCUUUACUCUCCAUAUCGCCCAAGACAGGAAUUCAAAUGCGCUGCCAUCAUUAGGAGCUGGCAAUCUGUAUCAGCAAGCCAUGGAUGCGGUUAAGUUGAUAAGGAUGAAUUGGGACAGUCCCUUCUGAUCCAUGUACGGGUUACAUCAUUUUUACAGGGAACAAGAAGAAAGAUUGCUACCUCUCGUUGAAGAAGAGUUUAUUGAGAAAGCAAUAUCCCCAGACCUUUCAUCUGUAAGAGAUAACCGCGAAGAAGAGAAUUGUGAUUUUGCAGUUUCUCAUGCAGUGAAACAACUAGAACAAUGCAAGGACACACCAAUCGAAAUGCGAAUUGAAGUAUCCCGACAAAUGACUUCAGACUUUGGGAAGGCCCGCACAUUGCUUCAAUUUUUGGGUAAAAUGGUGCAAGAUAAACCAGUCGAUCAUCAAGAUGAAUCUCUACUUGAGGUAGUGAUCGAGAAACGAGAGAAAAUUUCAGUGUUGUCAAGGAAAAGGAUAAGGGCAAUCCUGCAAAGAGGCUCGUCAUGGUCAACUAUUUUGACGUUUCUUUUGCACUUGACACUCUCAAACUAUACUUUGAACGAACAAGGAUCCUUGUCCAUUUGGAUUCCCUUGCUGAAAAUAUUCAAUUUCGUAAUCUUUAUGUCAUCCAUCUUCAUAAUGGGUCGAUCCAGUGAACGGUUCACUCGCAUCCAGAUCUUCUUCCUCGUCAUUUCAGCCACAGUCAUUAAUAUCUACAUCUCGGCUUCUCCAAUUCCGUUUUAUGUUUUCGUCGUCGCAAUGCUUCUCACAGCUGCAUUUUCUCGUGCCUGAUGAAUUUCAUGUCUCCAUCGCACUGGAAGCCAUGAAUUUCUACUAUCUCUAGUAUACAUGUACCCCUAGUGAACGUGCUGUUGUAUCAGAUUGUUAUGUUGUGACCAGUAGUCUUUGUUUGAGUUCCUUUUAUUGGGAACAGAUAAUUAUCUGAAGUUGAGAGACAUGAAUUUCAUGAAGUUUGUCUUUU